AUGUCGAGAACCAAGAACAAGAAACCCGGUCUCAAGGCCCAGUUGAAGCGGAAGCGCGAGGUGGAGGAAUCUGGCGACGUCGAUGACAAGCCUUCGAAACGCCCUCUCCUAGAAGCGAAUCGGGCGAAACGCUCUCAACCAAUUCAGCAACUUGCAGAACAGCCUUCCUCUGAAGCAGAACCUACACAUCAGCCUGCACACAACAGCGAGACUGCGAAACAAACUCACAAGUCUGCGAGCGCGAAAGCAACCAAGUCCCCGCGAGAACAUCCUUCGGCACAGGACGCUGUCGGCGAUCCGGCUCUGCUUGCCGACCGCUUUGCGAAAUACAUUCAGAAGUACUGCCCAAAUAGCAGUCCUAUCGAGUUAGAAGAACAAUACCUGCCAACAAAAGCCUUUCUCGACACGACCGUUUACGAUAGGAACCGUGUCGCUGCCAACCUCCCGCAUUUCAUCGAGCGCUUCUCACCCGAAGGCAAGACUGGCCUGUCAACCUGCGAUGACAAAGCUUCGCCUCAUACACUGGUCGUUACAUCCUCUGGUAUCCGCUCGGCAGACCUUUAUCGAGAACUUCGAGUCUUCCAGAACGAGGAGACCAAAGUCGGGAAGUUGAUUGCGAAACACAUGAAACUGCGGGACAACAUCAAAUAUAUGCUGGGAAACAAGAUUGGCAUCGCUAUUUCAACCCCGUUCCGAUUCAAGCAGUUGGUGGAUGCAGAUGCUCUGAAGACUGGAAAGCUGCGCCGCAUCGUGGUUGACGGUUCAUAUUGCGACGAGAAGAACAACACGAUUUUCAUGAUGGCCCAGACGUUUAACCCGCUGGUAACCUUACUCAACGAGAAAAGCAUCCGCCAGCGAUACGGUGAAGGGAAAGACAACAUCGAAAUUCUGGUGUUCUAA